GUUUUUGCCAGCAGAUGAGUUUGCUUCGAUUCACUUUUUUCCGUCAUUCGUCAGCGAGUCCUCGGCGGCAACACGCCGACUUCUACCUUUGUUUGCCACUGGAGAAAUGUUUUUAUAUUGUCACAAGAAAUUGAAAUAGAAUAUGGCCGUAGUAUGCUGCAAAGUAUCGCGAGAUUUGGUGUUUCCGCAUGUGAUUCGGGAUGGCUGACGGAAGGAGGAAUGCGAGUUGACGUCCGUCGCCCAAGAAGGACAAGGAUUUGUCAAGCGCAUUGUCAACUAUGGCUACAGGCUCCCAAGUCUCUCAAGUUUGUUCUUUAUACAAGAGGAUUCUCGUGCUGCAUCGCUUUCUGCCAAUACAUUUAAAAGCUCUCGGCGACAGCUACGUGAAAGACGAGUUCAGAAGACACAAGAACGCAUCGCCCGAAGAAGCGAAGAGCUUCAUGAGCGAGUGGGAAAACUACAAGGACACUCUGCAGUCGCAGGUUCUGGACUCGGUGAGGGACAAAAACGGCUAUCUGAAAUUCGGGAUCGACAUGUCGGAGGAGAAACUGAGCCACUUCCAAGAUGAGCAGAUAGGGCAACUGUACGAGCUCCUGCUUGAAUCCACAAAGCCUAAUAGACAGUUUCAUAUCGGGGAGGACAAUAAAUAAGAGUACACAAAACGCGCUCCUUCUUGCUUUUAUAAUGAAUGGAUCAUGGACGUGAAGCAAAUCCGGUUGUUAUAUUUCAAGGUCAAGGCAUAAAGAAUAGAAAUACAAAUAAAAUCUGUUUGAUAUCGAA